AUGCCUUCAGACACGAGCGAGCGCAGGCCAGCCCGACCUCAGGCCUCCGCCGCCGCCGCGGGGGGAGGAGCCGGCCUGCACCAUCCGCCUCCGCCACCUCAAGCGGAGGCGUUGCUCUGCUUGUGCUGUGACUCCACCAACACCAAGUUUUGCUACUACAACAACUACAACCUUUCCCAGACUCGCCACUUCUGCAAGUCCUGCCACCACUACUGGACCCAGGGCGGCACCCUCCACAAUGUCCCUGUCAGUGGCGGCUCCCGCAACUCGGCGGCGUCGGCAUCGGCCUCCGCCUCGUCAAAGAGGCCGCGCCUUCAUCCUCGUCUCCUUUCUACAACUCCUCCAACUCCUCCGUGA